UUCAUUUUAAUCGUCUCUUUUAAUUUUCUAAAUUUAAUUUGCCAGAAAUAAAUAAUCGAAAUAAUCACAAUGAAUGAUGAAAAAUUAAUAGAAGAAGUGCGUGCGCGGGAAAUUUUGUAUAACAAGGCCUGCGUAGGCUACCGGGUGCCGGGCAAGAAGAAGGCUGCGUGGGUAAGCGUGGCAAAGGAGCUAGGUGCUACUGAUGAGCAAUGUUCGAAGAGGUGGCUGACUCUAAGGGAGAGAUUCAGUAGGGAAGUAAGGAAAAUGGAGUCACCAUCAGGAAGUGGGGCGAGUAACACCGAUAAUAUGAGCUUUUUAAAACUAUAUAUACAGCCCAGACCAAAUCGCUGCACCACAAACAUUUUAGAAGAUAUGUAUUCGCAGGAGCUGUUGGAGCCAUUUAGUUUUGAAAGUUCUCCGACUAUUUUAUCGUCGCCUUCGGAGUUGUCGACUUCAACUCCGAUCCGGAAAAGAGUCAAGAAAACAAACAGCGACGACGACAGCUGUUUCAAAGAAGCGUGCGAGCUAUACAAAAGCAUGUGUGCAGAGAGGAGCAAUUGCAGCGAGGCCGUGAGGUCGUUGACCUCUAUCAUGAACGGUAUGAGCGAGGUAAAGCAAAUGAAAGCAAUACAAGUUUUAAAAAAUUCGUUAUUUGCUAUAUGGAUCGUCGGGUUGGUGUAACCAGUAUAGAUCUUCUUUAGUUAGAAUAAAAACACGUGUUUCAACUUCUUGGUUAAGGUAAAAUUCUUUAUUUGGUAAAAUGGCGUGUUCUAGUUGACUAUGCGCGAAAGAAUGGCGUGAUCUUUGUACGACGAUUGAAUAAUGACAGUUCUGCUAACUGCGAUGCAGAUACAUAAAAUAAUAAGUGCUGCCAAACCAUCGAAUUGAUGGUGCUGCCCUUGGCUGAUAGGUGUGUUCGCGUACUACAUUGCCACAGGUGUGUUCGCGCACUACACUGCCACAAGUGUGUUCGCGUACUACACUGCCACAACCAGUCACGUCGGGGUCACCAGUAUGGAUCUUCGGGUUGGUGUAACCAGUAUAGAUCUUCUUUAGUUAGAAUAAAAACACGUGUUUCAACUUCUUGGUUAAGGUAAAAUUCUUUAUUUGGUAAAAUGGCGUGUUCUAGUUGACUAUGCGCGAAAGAAUGGCGUGAUCUUUGUACGACGAUAGAAUAAUGACAGUUCUGCUAACUGCGAUGCAGAUACAUAAAAUAAUAAGUGCUGCCAAACCAUCGAAUUGAUGGUGCUGCCCUUGGCUGAUAGGUGUGUUCGCGUACUACAUUGCCACAGGUGUGUUCGCGCACUACACUGCCACAAGUGUGUUCGCGUACUACACUGCCACAGCUAUUAACUCGGAACCCGAAUAAUUUUUUUUUUUAUUUUUAAAUCAUUUGUUUGUUGUUUUAUACAUAUAUUGAAUUAAUAUGUAAAAAUGUUUGAAACGCUUGUUACCUAGACAUAAGAAACAACAAUGUACCUCAUUUUUCAAAAAUAGUUUUAAAAUGUUUAAAACGCUUGUUACCUAGACAUAAGAAACAACAAUGUACCUCAUUUUUCAAAAAUAGUUUUAAAAUGUUUAAAAGGCUUGUUACCUAGACAUAAGAAACAACAAUGUAUCUCAUUUUUCAAAAAUAGUUUUAAAAUUUUUAAAAUAUUAUUUUUUUUAAAUAGUUUUAAGAAUGUUCAAAAGGGUUUUAAG